AUGGAAUCACGUGUCUUCCUCCUGCCAAUGGUCACGGCGGGGCCUAGUGAAGACUCCCGGCCAAUCAGCGGUGACGCCGCCUUGCCCGACUCCACGUCGGCAGCUGCUGCGGGCAAGAUGGAGGCGCUGAUCUUGGAGCCCUCCCUGUACACUGUCAAGGCCAUCCUGAUUCUGGACAAUGAUGGAGACCGACUCUUUGCCAAGUACUAUGACGACACGCAUCCCAGCGUCAAGGAGCAAAAGGCCUUUGAGAAGAACAUUUUCAACAAGACCCAUCGGACAGAUAGUGAAAUCGCCCUGCUGGAAGGGCUCACAGUGGUCUAUAAAAGUAGCAUUGAUCUCUACUUCUAUGUGAUUGGCAGCUCCUAUGAAAAUGAGUUGAUGCUUAUGGCUGUUCUGAACUGCCUCUUCGACUCCCUAAGCCAGAUGCUGAGAAAAAAUGUAGAAAAGCGAGCCCUGCUGGAGAACAUGGAGGGGCUCUUUUUGGCUGUGGAUGAAAUUGUAGAUGGAGGGGUGAUCCUAGAGAGUGACCCCCAGCAGGUGGUGCACCGGGUGGCACUGAGGGGUGAAGACGUCCCCCUUACAGAGCAGACUGUCUCUCAGGUGCUGCAGUCAGCCAAGGAGCAGAUCAAGUGGUCCCUCCUUCGGUGAAGAUGUUUUAUGCCCGCUUCCUUGCCUCUCAAAACCCACAUCUGCUGUGAUUUUUUUAUUCAGGUCCCCAACUGAUGAGCUUAGGGUCAUCUUGGAGAAUCACAAAGGACCUAGCAUCUCUAUCCUUUUGC